AUGAAUACUUAUCGAACUUCGUGGAGCUUGAUGCUCAUGUUCUAUGUCUUGCUGUCUCUCCUGAGCCUUUCGGCAAGUCGUCCUCAUGGCUACAGUUACUACCACCGUGUCCUUGCAGGCCGAGGCAGCCCAACAGGAAUCACCAAGGAUCGGAUUCCGGCUAAUGCCAAAGUCACACCGCUCACGGCACCUGCUACACCCUGUUCGGGUUCCCACUGCACUACCGCGACUCCUUUGCCCGAAAGUCUCCCCUGUGAUGCUGCGAAUGGUACUACCUUUGGACAUCUUCCUGGGGGCGCGAACUAUACUCUGAUCUGUGACAUCGACUUUCCGGCUCAAAACAUCUAUCCAUUCAUUCUGGCAGGCUCGUUUCAUAAUUGUUUGGCACAAUGCGAAUCCUACAAUCAGAAGAGUCAUCCUUUUACCCAUUGCGCCGGCUUCGUUUUCGCUCCGGAUCGCGUCCACGACGCAGACGACUGCUACCUGAAAUCAUCCCUGAAUGAUCCGAUCUAUCCGGCAACCCUUCACUUGGUGGGCGGUACGGUCAUGCCUCCAGCGACAAGCUACCCUUAUUCGCCAUCAAUGCCCAAUUCAUACCUUGCGCCUCGUUCUGAGAGGGACGCGUCGCCAUCGGUGCCCACCGCCGGAGACUUCAGAGUUCCUGGUAGCUCAACCGACAAGCGCACAAAGCAGUAUGUUAGCCACGUUCCAGCAACACCACAAAAGCUUGCCAGCAAUGUUCUUGUUCCUGGAAUCGACACAGCUCUCACCACAAAACAUCUAGUCGCAGGAGAUGCCGACAUUUGGAGGGAAGGUAAUAUACCCCGGGAUCUUGAUCUUGCCAGCAUGAAAGCUGUACGACAGGUGUCUAAAGAUGGUGGAAAGGGCGGCACAAUUGACGGCAUUCAUCUCUCCGUGUUGUGCGAUACCGCCAAUUUCCGGAGUGAUCGCACUAGUCAAGUGAUCAGUUCCGUCUCCAUCUUCGUUGCAACAGACGUUGGAAUGAAUGCUCUCUACGGAAAACCACUCGAUCUCAUUGAUAACCUCGACGAAUGGCAAGACGAUGUCGACCAAACGCGAGGUUUUGCACCAAUGACUCCUGGAGAGGAAUUUUUACACAUGGCGCUUUCUGGAAAUGGCUAUCGCAGUGCUGUCUGGUCGGUGUCUUCGCUUGUCCCGCUUAACGCGUCUCAUGUUCUUCUGUACCCAGCGCUUGUCUACGAUGUUGUCGAUACGAAUAUUCCAGAAGGCAGGCCUCCACGACCUUGGCAACUCUAUCUUGCUAGUCUCUGUCGAUCCUCCUCAUGGCCCAGUGGCCGACCGAGUCGUCGGGCAGCUUUGCAACCGGGAUCAAAGUCACAUGCGGCACUUGGGGUGGAAUCUGUUCAUGAGGGAGCUGUCUGGAUCGGGGGGAAAUGA